AUGCAUGAUUGUUUAAUUGUCAGGCUAUUGUUUUUACAAUUAUUAAAUUCAAUAUUAAUAUUUUUAACAACACCUAUAAAUGCUGCAGAAUUAGUAGAAUUUCUCUUCAGGAAUCAAAUAUUAUGUUUGUAUUUAUUAAAAUUUUUAAAGUAUGUUUUUCCAGGCGGACAGCCAUUUUCUGACGCCCAAUGGGUACCCGUUCUCGACCAGUGCGAGCUGGAUUGCAAACCAGAAAGAGAAAUAUGCAUGGAAGAUGACCAAAUGAAGCAAAGCUGUCGCAAACUCCCCGAAGACUGCGUCAAAGCCUUCCAAGACGAACUCAAGCUCACAACAAACAUUGCUGGUCUUUUCAAUUUAUUAACUGAAGCAACCACACUCCCAACCACCAAAAACGGUCAAAAACACAGAACUACCCCAACUAGACGAAAAAUAAAAUCAUUAAAAACACCCAGAAGGAAAGCUAAAAAGGAGAGAAUAAACAUAGAAAAAUUGCUACCAGAAAAAAUCAGAAGGGAAAAUUUAAAUAAUACUGAAGCAGUAAUAACCCCUCUGAGUGACGAAAAUCAGAAAAAAAAUAAAAUCAGAAUUUCUGUUCCAAAAAUAAUAAAAACAACAAAGAGGAGGGUGUUGUUAACUAAAAGAAGUGGGGAAAUGAGGAGAAAGGAAAAUUUUAAAAUUGGGGGAAGACAAAGAAGAAAAUUGAAGAAUGAAGAUAAUGAAAUAAUUAGUAAGAGGAGACAUGAAGGAAAUAUGAAAUUGAAUAGAAAAAGGGCAAAAAGGGUAGAAAAUAGAAUAAAAAGAUAA